AAACAAACUCGUUGACAUAAUGGCUGAAAAGGUUGAUAAAUUUACAGCGGGCCUGAUUGUUAUGUAUAUAAAUACCAUAUAACAUUCUAUACAAAAGAAGUUUAGUGCUUAGUGAAUAUUUGUUUUGGAAAAUUCGAAAUUCGACGUAUGUAGAAUGGAUCCGCCAUGUACACAGCUAGUCAAACGUGAAUUGAAGGAUCCGGAUCUUAAGACACCGGAUGAUUUCUGGACACCACUACGAGCAAUCAAAGAGGAAUGGGAAGGUGAAAUCGAUAUGAAUCUAAAGCAAGAUGAGCAUCACGAAAGAAUUACCAAGUUCAUAAAACACCAAACGAUGCUGAGCGAAGUGGAGAGCGACACCGAAGAUGAAGGGGAGAAAAGUGUAGAAAACGAACAAAAUAAAGAGCUGUAUUUACAAGAAGAGGAACAGAAACUACGACAACAGUUAAUCGAGGAUGGCAUCAAAGAGCAAUCACGACAACGCCAACAGAAAUGGGAAAAUGAUCUCAGCAACGAGCUCUACUUGCUUAACGAUCUAAAGCGCGAACACGUAUACGAUCAUAAGCUAAAGAAUCCCAUACCAAUUGCAGAAUGCUAUACUGGUGCACAUACUUGUGACGAAACGGUGGCAACCCUAUCCGAUCUGAAGAAGCUGGUGGCCAAUAGGGUGCCCAAAGUGCCAUUGGAUGAGUUGCUGAUCGAGCCGCUACUCAACUGGGAUAUCGAUAUGCUGCCCAAGAAACCAAAUCUAGUUGAAGAGCUGUGCCGUCUAUUUCGCCAGAAUAUUGGACCUACGUUGGCCGUUGUUAUCGAUGGCAAACAGUUUUAUUGCCAUUCCAUGCUGUUAGGAAUGAUGUCUGAAUUCUUCAACAAUCGCAAUUUCUCGCAUGUGCUUUAUUUACCUGGCACGAAGAUACCGUCUCGCACCUUUGUCAACAUAUAUCGAUGGAUGCUAGAGCCAAUUAAUUCGUUAACGCUCACCCAGCUCAUUGAGCUUCUGCGCGCCUCACAGUUUCUGGCCAUCGAGGAGCUGACCAAACAAUGCUGGCGGCUCACUCACGAUGUGCUGAAGACAACUGAUCGCAUCUUGACCAUGUAUACCGUGGCGCAGCGUGUGUGCGUUAACAUUGAGAAGAUCAUAACCCCGUACGUGGGACGCAUUUGGUUGCCGUUUGCAUCCAGCCAGGAAUUUAUUAAUCUGGAAUUCAGCAAAAUUCGACGAAUGCUGCAAUUGGACACUCUGUCAGUGAACUCGGAAAUGGAAGUUCUAUACUCGGCCAUACUCUGGCUGGAGUGCGGUUGGCCACUCCGUAAACGCUAUGCUAUCGAUCUAAUGCGUGUUAUACGCUUUGAACUUAUGCCCUUUGUAUUUCUGAUAAUUUUCGACAGGCGCAAGGAUGGACCACCAGCACUAAACUAUAUCCGCCAUUCAGUGGUAGUGCACAAGCUAAUAUACAAUGGACUCUCAGAGCAACACUCCGACGCGAACCGUUAUAAAGGUAACUCUGGCCGCUACCCUCGCGAAUGGAUCUACGAUCCAUGUUGCCCCUAUCACCAUGGCCACAAAUGCAACUCCGCUCGCUUUGUUAGCUACAACGAAUUCAUCAAUUAUGUUAAAUGCCUACAAAAAGCCGGCUAUCUGCGCGGGAAUCGUAUGAAAUUAUACACUGAUGAUGACAUUGUCUGCUGUUAAAUCGAAAGACUCGAAAAUCGUAUAGAGUAAACGAAUUU